AUGGGCUGGAGGCAAAACGGAAAAACGAAGAAGCUUGGACGAGGACAGCCAGCUGCAGAAUUGACGUCUGGUGCUUACAAACAGGCCUUUCAGGUACAGACCCGGAACGUGCUGGGUGCUCCAUAUCCAUGCCUGAAUGUCCUGAAACUGUGGUACAGCAUGCCUGUCCCUCUCUGUAUCUCGUGUCUUGCUCAUUCUCUUCCUUGUCUGCGUUCUCCAUCUCCUCUUCAGCCCAUCUGCCAUGUUCCCCUGUCGAGUCUUCGAGUCCUCGAGUCUGAUCCUGCUUGCAAAAAAGCGCAGGGGCUUCCUCGUGGCCCGAGUGGCCGCGGCCCAGGUCGAGCCGUUGUGGGUGUCUGGGCUGCGCCAAUUAAGGUCGCCGGCCCCAAGCCGGGCUUCGCAGGAUUUGCCUUGGCCAGGCCCGGCGCAACUUCCAAUAAGCGACAUUGGCUGGUUGAAAACGGGAGUCUUGGCCGCCGUGAUCGAUUGAAACCUGCAUGGUCGCCAUGCUGUUUCUGCUGGGCGGCGGCAGGUCGCAAACUGCAACACCAAUUCGCUGCGACUCAGUCUGGCUAUCUGUCUACCUGCGAGUCUCUCCGUCUGCUGCUGUCUGCAUGA